UUACUUUAUAUUUCUGAAAUUUAUUUUUUGAAUUUUAUACUUAAAUGCUUCCUUGACGUCUUUUUCAAACGAAACUAGUUUUUCUUCUGCAUGGUGAGAAAAGUUUUCAUUUGAACGUUGUAAGUUUUGUAUAUUUUUUUCCCGCCAAAAUGUUUUUCAAGACAAAACCUCUUUUCGGGCUCAAGUUUCGAACGAGUAUGUAGAUAUCUAAAAUUCUUUUUGUUUUUUGGUUUUGUUGUAAAUCUACAUUAUGGUCGACAUACGAUCGAUUACCGCUCAGCAUUUCGACGCUAUUAAUUUCAGUGAAUUAAGUGAGGAUUGGAUAGACGAAGUGACAGAAGGUGAAUAUACUGAUGCUGAUGAGAAUAGCAUAAGUACAAAUGUAUUAUUUAUUCGGGAUGCAGCUUCUUGUCUGGAUGAUGUGGCAAAUGUAUGUGACGCUUGGUGCAAAUUUCUUGAUGGAGAGACAAAUUCAAAUGAUAUUUCUGGUUGUGAAGAGUUCACAUUAUGGAAUGUAUUGGAAGAAAUGAAUAUCAACAUACGGCAAGUUUUGGGCUUGGUAUACUUGCUGUGCUAUAAAGCUUCAAAGCCUGAUUCUUCUAUCGAAGAUAAGGAGCUAGGCCUGAAAUGUACAAAGUUUUAUUUCAAUUUAUUGAAAGUGCCUGGCAGUGCAGCAUAUUCUGUUUAUCACCCAAAUUUGUUGUCUCUUUGCAUAAACUGUUUUUGUGUACCAGAAAUUCCUGUUGAAAAUAAAAUAACGUCAGAAUGGAAAGAAAUUGGAGACAUUUUACCAGCGUAUACGUCUGCUAUUGAAUCAUUAAUUCCUCUAUUAAAUACACUUCACCUUGGCAAUGAUUCAAAUAUAAUUGAAAAUAUAGUCUUAAAACUUAGUGAUUUGACUUCUUUCGAAUCAUCCUCAUCCAUUGAUUUUGAGUCUUUAUUUCUCAAGACAGGUACAAAAAAAAGAAGAAAUUCAUGGUCAUACCUAGUUGCAUCUCUAGCUUACCAAGCACUUACUUCAUUAACAAAAACUGAUCUGAAUGGUGAUAUUCAUGACAAUUAUUCACUCAUCUUGGCAUGUUUAAGAAAGCACAUUUUGUGCUCAAAGGCUAAGAAAGCGUCUAGUAUACCACAUAAGUUUCUUGUCGUCAAAGAUAAUGCUGUAUCAUACAUGCUUUUCAAUUUAGAACAGGAUCAGCCUUUGUAUUCUGGAGAAACCUUAGUAGCUUUGAAACGACUCUGUCUUACAGUUUGUGACAAAACAGACUUUCGCUCCAUUGUUGCUCAAUCCGUUUUGAAAUUGAUGGUUCUUUUACUCAGUAAGGAUUUUGUGGACUUCAUCCAAUGGUUACUUCAACUAUCUGAUUCGAAUGACCUUAAGGAUAGGAUAUUUGCACUUGAUAUUUUAAGCGAAAUACUCGUUCAGAAGCCUAAAAUAGACCCUGGGAGUCUUGAUGAACCAUUGAAAACAUAUUUAACAGAAAUGCCAAUAAUUUUCCAAGUAUUAACAAGGUGUGAUGAUACUUCAGCAGCUGUUAGGACUAAAGCUCUUGCUGUUUUGUCUCAAAACAUGGAUUGUAUAUUAAAGUUUUUCGAUAAGUUUAGAGAUGAACAAUGGGAGCCUGAAGAGUUUGAAGAAGUGUCUGCAGUGAAUGGUAUUGAUCGUAGUUUCUGGUACAAUAUAUCUUCUCACCGGGAGAGAUUAAACGAAAUUGCAUCUAUACUUAUUCGAAGAAAUGAUGAUAGCAAUGUGCAUACAAGGAAAGCUGCUCUUCAAGCUUUGGAAAGUCUUAUUUCUUUUGAUAACACAUAUUUAAAUGAAGAGAACUUGAAGUUGUUUACUAGUGCCUUAUCUGAUAAGAAUAUUGUUGUUCGAAAGCAAAUGAUUCAGUCCAUCACUGCUGUGCUAGAUUCCUUUCCUACCAGUUCUUUAGUGCAGGACUGUUGGCUUAAAAGCAUUCUUCCUUUGGUUCAGGAUCCAGAGAAUACUGUUCAGGUGAAAGCUUUUUCAGUCAUAGAAGACUAUUUCCUAUGUAAAAUUUUUUCAAACACAGAAUCUGAGAUGCAGUGUGCUCUUGAUUUAUUGAAGAAGCUCACAGGAGGAAUAUUUUUGGCUUAUCAAAACUACGUACAGAAAUCUUUUGCGUCAUGGAAAGCUGAAAAGAAAUUAAGACCACAGCUAAUUAUGCAGUUAGAAAAGCAUUUAGGUAGUGAAAAUGAAGAAAUUAUUUGGUUUUACAUUUCCAUGUUUGCUGCUUACUCAGAUAUUCCUUCAAGAAUGCUAAAUCUUGUGGUUGAAGUGUUUUGCAAAAAUCAUGAGUCAAUGACAUUCCUUUCAUCAAUGGAGUAUAUUAUCAAAAUCUUGGACCAAGUUUCGAAAAAAUUGCCAGCUGAGACAUUGAAAAAGUUACAAGGUAUGUUUCAGAAGUCACUGACUGAAUUUUCUGUUCCUGUUGAUUUUGUACCUUUGUAUAUCAAUAGCUUAAGGCAAAUUAAUAAAAGCUUGAACGAAGAGGAUGAACUACAAAAAUUAGCUGAUGAAGUUGUUAAGAAAUCUAUAGAAUCAUUAUCUUGUGCAGUGUUUAGGAAAUCCUCCUGUCAGAAAUUAACUGAAGAUGUCAUGGCAAGGAAAUUAUGUCUGAUUGUAGAAAUGUGCCAUUUUUAUCCUUCAUAUAUUACAGAAAAUCUCCUUUUAAUUUUAAAAGCAUUUGUGUCAUCAAGACUUACUAAAGCAAACAAUCAGUUGCCUAGCAUAAGCCCUACUUUACAGAGCCAUGCAUUUGCAGCUUUAGGUAAACUGUGUCUUCAAGAAGAAAGCUUAGCAAAGGAACUCCUUCCUGCUCUUGCAAAAGAGAUGCUGACUUCGGAGCAUGGAGUAAUUAGGAGUGCUGUAGUUGUCAUCAUGAUUGAAAUGUGUAAACGAUAUACUUCCUAUGCUGAUAAAUAUAUUCCACUUAUAUGCCUGUGUUUCAAAGACUCGCUCUUCAUUGUUCGUUUCCAAGCUGCUACAAUGAUUAUAAAUCUUUUGCAGGAAGAUUACAUUAAGUGGAAAAGUCCUUUGUUCUUCUGUUUAUUGUCUACGAUUCUUGAUAAGAAGGAAGCUGUACAAGAACUUGGAAAGUAUUGCUUGUGUGAUCUCCUAACCAAAAAACAGCCAACACUCUUUUAUGAUCGUUUUCCCGAAAGUAUUUUUGUAUUCAAUUGCUUUAAGCCUCAGAAUAACAAGAAUAUAUCUAGCUUAGUCAAGCAUCUAGAAAAGUUUGCUCUUAAGGGUCCCACUAAUACUGAAAAAAGAAUUACUUUAUAUGCAUUUUUACUUCAAAAUAUACCAUAUCUCAAAAGAUUUUGCUUGAUUCCCUCGAUUGUAUCAAUUUUUGAUAGAAUUGCAGAAGGUGUUUAUCCUUUAAAUGAAGAGACAGAAUCUAUUAUCAGAGAUUGCUUCAUGAUUGUGACCUCUAAAGAACUUGAAUUUCAUUCUCAGAAGGUAACACCUGAAGAUUCUGAAGAAAAAGAAGAAGAUACUGCACCAGAUGAUCUGCAAUUCGUUAAGCUAGUGAUAAUAGAGCCCCUCAUGCCAAGUAUUUUGAAGCUAUAUAAUUGUGUUCACCUUGCAAAGUUAAAAUUAGCUGACGAUAUCAUACCUUUCUUAACUGAAAUUUUGCAAAAUCACAAAUCUGAAGUGAAAGACAUUCUCUCAGAAAACUUUGGAUUACUCAAGGCUGUGGAAAGCCAGUAUAAGAAAGAAUCUAUUCCAGCGCGUCCUUUUAAUAAAGAGGAUCAUGAAGAAGGGGACGGGCAGUGUCAGCAGACACCUCAGCCACGAAUGUCUAUGCGAUCCCAAAACAUGCUUAACGUCAUGCUUAAUGGUGAGGAUAGUUGUGCGAAUGAUUCAAUUAACAAUGCAAAUAGAGAAGUGGGGGACAUGUCACUGCCCUUGAGAAAAUCUCAAAGAGGUAGCAUGCGUCCGAAAAGGAAUGUUGACAAUAUGGAAUGUGAAAAUGCUUCAGAUCCAUCUCCCGGUGAUUCUGAGUCUGCAGAAGUAACUCAAGUUUUAAACGUACCUCCCAUUGAAAAAGAUUCCCAAGUGGCAUCCACCCCUAGACUGAAAGCCUCUAGCAUACCUUUCUCGAGUACACCUCGAGUUGUUUUAAAACCACUUAAGCUCCCACGAUUGCAGAAUCUUAGCCUCAUUCAACCGUGUGACGAGGAAGAUGAAGACUAAAACUUUUAGACUUCUUUAUAAAUUUGAAAUAUAAAUACUUUCUUUCUUAAUGUCAUUCUUUUGGUGUCUGAAUGAAGCCAAGAUUAUGCCCAAUAAUAAACUAACAACAUUAAUUGUUUAUUUAUUUUUCUAUAUUUGUUAGCUAAAUUGUUACUGAAUGUUUUGGAAAACAAUAAAUUAUCCAGUACAU